CGGCGUCCCGCCGCACCCAGCCCCGCCGGGGGCGCUCCUCGCCGCCCGCGCGCCCUCCCCAGCCAUGUCGUCCAUCCUGCCUUUCACCCCCCCGAUCGUGAAGCGCCUGCUGGGCUGGAAGAAGGGCGAGCAGAACGGGCAGGAGGAGAAGUGGUGCGAGAAGGCGGUCAAGAGUUUGGUCAAGAAGCUCAAGAAGACGGGGCAGCUGGACGAGCUGGAGAAGGCCAUCACCACGCAGAACGUCAACACCAAGUGCAUCACCAUCCCCAGGUCCCUGGAUGGCCGGCUGCAGGUGUCCCACAGGAAGGGGCUCCCCCAUGUCAUCUACUGCCGUCUGUGGCGAUGGCCCGACCUACAUAGCCACCAUGAGCUGCGGGCCAUGGAGCUGUGUGAGUUCGCCUUCAACAUGAAGAAGGACGAGGUCUGCGUGAAUCCCUACCACUAUCAGAGGGUGGAGACCCCAGUUCUACCUCCUGUGUUGGUGCCACGCCACACAGAGAUCCCGGCCGAGUUCCCCCCGCUGGACGACUACAGCCAUUCCAUCCCCGAAAACACUAACUUCCCCGCCGGCAUCGAGCCCCAGAGCAAUAUUCCAGAAACCCCGCCCCCAGGCUACUUGAGUGAAGAUGGAGAGACCAGUGACCACCAGAUGAACCACAGCAUGGACGCAGGUUCUCCAAACCUAUCCCCGAAUCCGAUGUCCCCAGCACACAAUAACUUGGACCUGCAGCCCGUUACCUACUGCGAGCCGGCCUUCUGGUGUUCCAUCUCCUACUACGAGCUCAACCAGCGUGUCGGGGAGACAUUCCACGCCUCACAGCCGUCCAUGACAGUGGAUGGCUUCACCGAUCCCUCCAACUCAGAGCGCUUCUGCCUGGGGCUGCUCUCAAAUGUCAACAGGAACGCGGCCGUGGAGCUGACGCGGAGGCAUAUCGGGCGAGGCGUGCGGCUGUACUACAUCGGAGGCGAGGUCUUCGCAGAGUGCCUCAGCGACAGUGCCAUCUUUGUCCAGUCUCCCAACUGUAACCAGCGCUACGGCUGGCACCCAGCCACCGUCUGCAAGAUCCCACCAGGAUGCAACCUGAAGAUCUUCAACAACCAGGAGUUUGCCGCCCUCCUGGCUCAAUCUGUCAACCAGGGCUUCGAGGCCGUGUACCAGCUGACCCGGAUGUGCACCAUCCGCAUGAGCUUCGUCAAGGGCUGGGGAGCCGAGUACAGGAGACAGACCGUGACCAGCACCCCCUGCUGGAUCGAGCUGCACCUGAAUGGGCCUUUGCAGUGGCUUGACAAGGUCCUCACCCAGAUGGGCUCCCCCAGCAUCCGCUGCUCCAGUGUGUCUUAGAGACAUUGGGUGUGAAG